UUCAGAACGGGUUGCGCCAGUUCCAACCUGGGUUCAAAAACGAAUUCGACAUUAGCCAGUCGUAGUGACAAAAGCAAAGACAUAUCGUUCGUCUCAGAUUCAGCGCAAUUUCGAGUGCCACUUUUUGGAAUCUUCAAUUUUAAUGAAAUAAAUCGCUCAGAAUCCAAUCAACAACAACAUGGGUGUUCGCCAUUUGGAAACGUACGUUUGCAAUGAAGUACACAACGGUUUCGUCAGAGUUAACAUCGAGGCCGAAAUCCGGAAAUAUGCCCGGACACGAGGACCGAAUCCUGCCCCACCGGUUAUAGUCAUAGACCUGAUGUCCUUGUACCGUCCGGUGAAUCUUGCUGAUCUGCGUGGAUUGUUGUGUGGCGGACGAUUCAACCAGGUGGCCAACUUGCUGGAGAACUUCUUCACCAAGCUCGUGAACCUAGGCGCCAGGUUGGUGUUCUUCUACGAUGGACCGGUCCAGGAGACCAAGUACGACACCUGGGUCAAGCGACAGGACGAGAAGUACCACAAAAUGCUCGAAAUCAUCAAUGCCGUGGAUCGUGGUUCGGAUCUGGGUUGGAUCGUCAAUCGCUUGCAGCAUUCUAUACCGAACAAUACUUUAUAUCCGAACCGGCAAAUAGCAACAAAGUACGGUGAGCUGAUGGUAUCCGUGGCGAGGGAGUGCGACCAGGAACUGGCCGCCUACGCGAAUCAGGUUGGAGCGAUCGCCAUCAUUUCGAACGAUACCGACUUCAUGAUCUACAAGGGCUUCUGGCAGUACUGGUCGGCCAAGGAUAUCAAUUUCGGAACCCUGGACACCAUGCAGUAUAACCGCGUGGAGCUGGUUCGAAACUUGGGCCUGAGCUUCAAGCAGAUGCGUCUGUUGGCCACUUUGGGCGGGAACGAUGUAAUCCAGUACGAAGAGGUUCGACACUUUCACUCCACGCUCGGCCAUCACAGGCAGAAGUUUCCUAGAUUGGCCGAUUUUGUUCGCGAGCAACCACCGCCGGAAAAGCUGAGCCAGGAUGCGGCGGCUCUGAGUGAAUUGUUGGGUCGGGUGUUCGGGAGGGCAGCCGUCAACGACGAUUUGAAGGAACGCUUCAAGGCCAGUUUGGAUUUCUACGAAACGGAAUACCAAGAUCAAAAUACCAACGUCUCAAAUGAUCCAGUGAUUGCUACCUUGCUCAAACUGGAGAACACGUUCCUUUACCAGAUGUGGAUCAAUCGGCCCGUCAAUGUGACCGUAUACUUCCUGGAUAUGCGAAGAGGCGAAUUCGGCGAACAGUAUCCAAAUUUGGUGAUUCCGAUAGUUCUUCGCCAGGCGGGUAUCGCUCUGUACCACAGGCAGAUGCUCUCGGAUUGCUCGUCCCGCACGAUUGUCAUCAAAAUGGGUCACGAGGAUGGUCAUUCGUUUCAGACGUUCCAGGUCGAAUUCCCACAGCAUGUAAUGCCACCUCCUCUGUUGGAUCUGCUAUCGGAACAGAGUGAUAUUCAAGCAAGCUUGGAAGACGUGAAGCUGCAGCUUUUCAGCUGGAUAGCUUCCGAUACUUUGGACUACCAUCGGCUAAAGUUGGUACCGGAACGAUUACGCGCCCCGCUACUAACGUUGUACUGCCUCGUGGAGAAACAGAUCCUGCAAUUGUUCGAGGCGGACGUACUGCUGCAAGUCGUCCACGACGUGGCAUUCCAGACGUACAACUGGCAAUCCGUUCGGUAUCCACAUAAGCUGGGCAAACGGCCCUUCCGGAUAGCAUUCCUGUUUCAGAAGAUCUACAAUCAUUUCAACAAGGCAGCCACCUUACUGGGCUUCAAGGAGGAACCGUUUUUAAUUUUCGAUGGAGUGCUUUUCCACAAUCGGUACGAGGAAUGGAAGAAACAAGGGUCGUGCAGUAUGGAACAGAUCGAGCGGUGGAGAAUCUACGAUGGAUUAAUAGGCGCAAGACCACAGACUUGAGAGUAAGUAUUGCAUUUGAUCUCUGUAACUAUUACUGGUUUGCUUGAUGUUGUAGAAAUGAAAUGUCUAAGGUGCGAACAAUAGAA